CCGGGAAUAUAAGGCAGACAUUAUAUAAAGAGGCUGCAAGAAAGUUUAUUCUGUGUUCAUUAGGCCUGCAUCAUUUCUCAUAUCUUCUUGGUCAUCUUCUGUCGACCCCCCGUAUCGCACCUUGACCAAGACCAUCCUCCUACGACUGCUGUCAAAUACCGCGGAAGCACCAUGGGCAACAUGAAAAUCCUCAUCAGCGGAGCUGGAAUGGCCGGCAGCACCCUGGCCUUCUGGCUGUCCAAGCUCGGCCACAAUGUCACCGUCAUUGAGCGCUUCCCCCAUCUACGAGCCUCGGGGCUACAGCUCGACCUCCGCGGUCACGGGAUCGAGGUGAUGAAGCGCAUGGGACUGGAAGAUGCCUUCCGAGCGAAAAGAACUCCAGAGCAGGGUUUCGAACUCGUCGGCAGCUCUGGCAUGCGCUGGGCGUACUUCCCUGCCAACAAGUCAGGCCAGGGACCGCAGAGCUUCACCACCGAGUACGAAAUCAUGAGGUCGGACUUGUGCCAUAUUCUCCACGAUACGUCCAAGGAAAGAGUCAGAUAUAUAUUUGGGACCUCUAUUGCCAGUUUCAAAGAGGACGAGGACGCAGUGGAGGUCUGCUUCCACGACAAGACGACGGAGCGGUUUGAUCUCCUCGUGGGAGCCGAUGGCCAGGGGUCGCGCACACGGAAAAUGAUGAUGGGACGAGGGAAGCCGGAUGGAUUCCACCCAAUGGACGAUACGUUUGCUGGAUACGUUACCAUUCCUCGCACCAUGGAGAAAGGAGAAGGAUACAACGCCAAGAUGUACAUGGCUCCUGGCGGACGCGCAAUCAUGACGCGCAGGCAUAGUCCAGACCAGAUGCAGGCGUACCUCACCUGCAACUUUACGUCGGAUCGCAUGAAGGCCAUCGCAAGGGGCCCAGUCCAGGGGCAGAAGGAGGCCAUCGCCGAGGCCUUCAAGGGGGUCGGGUGGAAGGCAGAGGAGAUCAUGAAGGCCAUGAUGGAGGACAACGACUUUUACCUUGCCGAACUCGGCAUCGUCAAGUUGGACAAGUGGUACAAGGGCCGCAUCGCCCUCGUUGGAGACGCGGCGUACUGCCCCUCUGCGAACACUGGCAUGGGCACAUCAUCCGCCAUUGUCGGGGCCUACAUCUUGGCCGGAGAGAUCGGAAAAUAUUGCGCGGGGGGCGCAACAAGAGAGACUCUAGCGGCUGCUCUCGAUUCCUAUGAUCGCAAGUUCCGCCCUUUCAUGGACCAAGUGCAAAAGGGCCUUCUGGACGGCGGCGGCUUUUCGGGUUGGAUGCCACAAUCCGCACUGGGCAUUACCAUCAUGAACUGUCUCGCUGGGGCGGCCUCGCUGCUGAGGAUCGAUCUUGCCAGUAAACUCAUGCGAGAGGAGAUCAAGGACUGGGAGCUUCCAGAGUAUGAGGGCGUGUUCAAGGCUUAGUCGAACAACAUGAAAGCUGAGCAGGAGGCUCGACAUCCCAAGUAGGCUACAUGUAGCAAAUCACCACUCACCAACCUUACGGAUUAUUAUGAAUUUUGAAACCAAGAUUAUUAUGUACUUCUACGGAUAGAGGCAGACGAUAUUAUACCAUUGGAGCGAC